GGGCAGGAAAAAAAGAAAGUGAGAAAGACAUAAGGAAUAGGGAAGGAGAGAGAGAGAGGCAGGCAGAGGCCAUGCCUUGGACCGGUCAGCUGUGGGGGUCCGGUGUUUGUCUUGCAGCAACCUUGCCCCAGCUCAGCAAAGGGUGAAUGUAGUGCUAUGGAGCAUCCAGAGAGCAAGACUGCUGGUGCCAAGAAGGACACAGCAUUGUGGGGAGGUGCCCCUCAGUAUGACUAUAUCAACUUUGAAUCCUGCACCAGUUAUGGGAUCCCAUUGGAGGCAGGGCACGAAGCCGGGGGGACCGAAGACAACGUGCAUUACCAGGAGAAGGCCCUCAACCACAUGCAGCUCUAUGGCCAGUACACAGACCAGCUCCCCAGUCUUUCCCCAAAGGAAGCUGCUGAACUCCUGAGUGAGAAGAAGCCCCAAGAAAGCGGCCAGAGCCCCCUGAAGCGAGUCAGUCAGGCUGAACUCAAAGAGGAACGCUACUCCAAGUGCCAUGCCUGUGCCAAAAGCAUCCAGAAAUAUUUUACCAAGAAGUUGGGAGAAGACUGGAUAUUCUUGGUUCUCUUGGGUCUUGUCAUGGCGCUGGUGAGCUGGGGGGUGGAUUAUGCCAGCGCCAAGAGCCUACAAGCUUACAAGUGGAUGUACAAAGAGAUGCACCCAAGUAUCCCUAUGCAGUACCUGGCUUGGGUCACCUACCCCCUUGUCCUUAUCCUCUUUGCUGCCCUCUUCUGCCAACUCGUCUCUCCACAGGCCGUGGGCUCUGGAAUCCCUGAGCUGAAAACUAUUAUGCGGGGAGUCGUCCUCAAGGAAUACCUCACGCCAAAAGCUUUUGUGGCCAAAGUUGUAAGCCUGACAGCUGGUUUAGGAAGUGGGAUUCCUGUUGGGAAAGAGGGUCCCUUUGUGCACAUUGCCAGCAUCUGUGCUGCUGUGCUCAGCAAGUUCAUGUCCAUCUUUUGUGGUGUAUAUGAGCAUGCCUCUCUCUGGCUGGGCUCUCUGUUCCAGAAUGUGCACAGGCAGCUCGACCUCCUGGUGGCGGCUUGCGCAGUUGGAGUUGGAUGUUGCUUCGGGGCUCCUCUUGGAGGUGUUCUUUUCAGCAUUGAAGUUACUUCCACCUACUUCGCAGUCCGCAAUUACUGGCGCGGCUUCUUUGCAGCCACAUUCAGUGCCUUUGUUUUCCGAGUCUUUGCUGUCUGGAAUAAAGAUGCAGUCACCAUCACAGCCCUGUUCAGAACCAACUUUCGGAUGGAUUUUCCCUUUGACCUACAGGAACUGCCAGCUUUUGCUGUAAUAGGAAUCUGCUCUGGGUUCCUGGGAGCAUUUUUUGUUUACUUCAAUCGGCAGGUGGUUUUGUCUGUCCGACGACAUACAGCCCUAAGUCAAUUCCUAACCAAAUACCGCCUUGUAUAUCCAGGGGUCAUUACCUUCCUCAUAGCAUCAGUGACAUUCCCCCCAGGCUUUGGACAGUUUAUGGCUGGAGAGUUGAUGCCCAGGGAAGCCAUCAGCACUCUGUUUGAUAACUUUACUUGGGUAAAGCACACAGAGGACCCCCAGAUCUUGGGGAGGUCUGCAGUUUGGAUCCAUCCCAAUGUCAGUGUGUUUGUCAUCAUUCUCCUCUUCUUUCUCAUGAAGUUCUGGAUGUCUGUCGUCGCCACUACCAUGCCGAUUCCCUGUGGAGGCUUCAUGCCUGUGUUUGUGCUGGGAGCUGCCUUUGGACGGCUGGUUGGUGAAAUAAUGGCCUGGUUUUUUCCUGAUGGGAUCAUCUUCGAUGGCAUUGUUUACAAAAUUCUCCCUGGAGGUUAUGCAGUAAUUGGAGCUGCAGCCCUGACAGGUGCAGUGAGCCACACGGUGUCCACAGCAGUCAUUUGCUUUGAGCUGACGGGUCAGAUCUCCCAUAUCCUGCCCAUGAUGGUGGCCGUCAUCCUUGCGAACAUGGUGGCCCAGAGUUUGCAGCCAAGCCUUUAUGACAGCAUCAUCCAAGUGAAGAAACUGCCCUACCUGCCUGACUUGGGCUGGAAUCAAAUAAGCAAAUACAAUAUCUUUGUUGAAGAUAUUAUGGUGUGUGAUGUACAAUUUAUCUCCUCAAGUUGCAAAUACCGUGACCUGCAGACCAUGCUCCAAAGCACCACUGUCAAGACCCUUCCUCUGGUUGAUUCACCAGAGUCCAUGAUCCUCCUGGGCUCAGUGGAACGGUCAGAGCUCCAGGCCCUUCUGCUUAGACACCUCAGCCCAGAGCGACGUUUGCGCCUCACCAAGGAGAUGCAGCAGAAGCUGGCUGAGUCCUCUUACGAUGGGCACAGCAAAUGGAAGCACGAAUCUUUUGCUUUCGUAGAUGAGGAUGAAGAUGAAGAGGAGAAGCCCCCGCUGCCCCAGCAGCCUGCUUCAGUUGCUAGUCACCCAGAAGAACCGAACGGCCCAGUGACUACUCACAAGCCACUGCCAGAGACACCAACACCUCAGGAAACACAAGGUCGGAGAUUCUGGCGUUUGAGGAGAUUGAUGCGGCAGCUCCUGUGCCUUUACCACUCUUCGCCUCGGCCAGAGGCUGCUGAGCAGGAGUCAACAGAGAUUGAAGACCCAAUGAAAGCAGAGGAGAUAGAAGCUUGGGAACAGGAGCAACUGGAGGAAGAGGUGUGCUUUGACAGCUGCCGUAUAGACCCCUCUCCCUUUCAGCUGGUGGAGGGGACAUCCUUGCACAAGACACAUACCUUGUUCUCCCUGCUGGGACUCACGCAUGCCUAUGUAACCAGUAUGGGGAAGCUAAGAGGUGUGAUUGCACUGGAAGAGCUCCAGAAAGCAAUUGAGGGCUCCACAAGCUCUGGUGUCCACCUCCGUCCUCCCCUUGCAAGUUUCCGUGACACUACUCAGAUUUCAAGCAACAAAGAGCAUGCCAAAUGGGCCUCACAGGGGUGGAGCAAACGGAACAGUGUUGUGGCACCUGAGGAAACUACGGUGGACUUGGGGACAGAGAACUCAGUGGCCCCCAGCUCUGGCUGCCCACAUCCAUCUUCCUCUCCUGAGGAAGGGAAAGGGAUACGAUCUGCAUCAGUUGCCGAUAUGGAACUUGAGGAAAUGGAGCUUUCUGGCCCAGCUGCUGAGAACAUCUCAGACAUCCUCAAGGACCUCAACCUGCGCUCCACAGACCAGGAUGAGGAUGAGGAUGAGGAUGAUGUGCCACUAUAACUGUAUAGAGAAGGGGCCCAUCCACCCCUUCAUUAAACUGCUUCUGCUACACUUGUGCUUCAAGGAGAGGUCUGUGGCCUGCCUCUGUGGUACGAACAGAUGGUAAUGCAAGUUGGAGAGCCUUGGCUGAGUGCCCUGGCUCUUUCUUCUACCACCACAAAUGGUGGAGCGCAUGGGAGGCAAAUGGGCUAAAGGAACUUUGGAUUAUAUUCUCUGAUCUCUUCUCAGUUGAGGAGGAUUGUGGUGUGUGUGUGUGUGUGUGUGUGUGUGUGUGUGUGUGUGUGUGUGUGUGUGUGUGUGUGGUAUUCCCUAGGCCUUGUCACCUGUGUGGAGAUGUUUAUGGCAAACUGUGUCAUAAUUUCCCUUCAGAAGAACCCGCCGCCGGUCUCCUGCUCCAGCAGCAUAUCAUGAUGACCAUCACUAUUUUUCUCACCCUUUUUGAAGCAAAACCAAUCUGAAGAUGAAGGAUUUAAUCCAGGCUCAGUCCAGUUGCAGAGAUAAUCCAGCCCAAUUUGUGAACAUGUUCAGAAAGAGAAAACAAUUGCUUUCGUAUAGAAAGUUUGCAGUGUCCUCCUCUUCCCUUCAGCAUAGUUCCUUCAUGUUCCAAGUGUGAAAUUGUCACACACACACAGACACACACACACACAUUGCUUCAUACAGCUCACGAACAACUCACAUCUCAAAGUUCCAGCCUUAAGCAAUAUGUUCCUCCUGCUGCCACCUUCCAGGUCUACCCUUAACGUGCCAGAAUCCAACAAUCUCCAGCUAUAUUUUGAAAACUUUCACUAGUGCGUGGUGUUAGGGAUGAGAGGGAAGGGAUGUGGUUACAAAAACUAGAAGCACAGCUUAUUUUUUAUUAGGGUGGUAUCACUGCCCCACCCACUGGGGAAAAAAUAAUGCAGUGGCAAUUGCUCAAUCCAUAUCACUUGAUCUGUAUAUUUUUCUAGGACUUUUGAGGAAUGAAAAAUGAUCCAAGAGAAAGCUCCUGUGCCAUGAUCCAGUAUAGUGUGCAUAACAACCAAAAAUGUGUGCCCAGAGCCCUUUCUAGAUGCUGGACUCCUGCUGAUCAACUCUUUCGUGGGGAAAGGAGCCAGGAAGGAGGAAUGAAUCUAUUCCACCAAACAGGCUGGCCUCUUCCUGCACUAUAGAAGGAGACAGUGUACACAGUGUAUCGUUUCAUGUGUGUUGACCCAUCCAGCAAGGGAAACUCAUGAAAAAGCGUGCUCUUGCACACAUAAUGUCCCUAACUGAAUCAAUGUGGUGCUGUUUGUUAAAAAAAAACGAUGGACAAAAUGGUAAAACCAGAAUGGAGAUUUCCAAGGUCACCCAAUCAUUGGUGAGGCAGGAGUUUGAGUAAGGCUGAAUAUAUAUGUUGCCUAGGUCUUUAGACUGUCUUGUUUUUAUGGCUUUCUAAGCACAUUUGGAAAUGUUUGCAUAACAAUUGUCUUAAUAUAAGAAAUCUGGGAAGAAA